GCGACAGACUUCAUUAACAAAUUAAAAGACGCCUUCAUGUAUCGUAACCGGCGGAUAGUUCUAAAUUCUCGAAUUAGCCUUAAUCCUCCACCGAAUAUUGACCCAACUAAGGCAACACUAGCAUAUGGCAGACUAGCUAUCUCUCGCCUGAACCGUGAAUUAAAAGACGAAACUUUGCUCAUUCGUCAAAGGAGUGUUCGAGCUUUAUGUGACUACUUACAUGAUCCAGAACACAUUUCGGAAGCAGUCCAUGAGGGUGUCAUUUCCACACUCAAAACACUUCUUAAAGACCCCGACGUACCAUGUCGAGCAAUCGCUACGGAAUGUUUUGUUGUUCUCAAUCAACACUCGAUCGGUCGCGAGGCUUUUAUCAACACUAAAGUUUUAGACGUUAUGAAGCUUUUAUUUUCAUCAUAUGAGCCAAAUAUCGUCCGUCUAAAUGCGCACCGCUCAAUUGAGUUGCUUGUGCUAAAUCCCAUGUAUACGCAGGUGCUGGUUGAUGCCGACCUAAUUCCGCUAUUACUAUCAUGUCUUGAACGCGAAUUCGUCGAAAUCAAGAUCAUUAUCCUCGAAACUCUUAAUAAAUGUCUUGCGCUUGAUAGUGAUGCUGGCUUAAAUGCUAAUGGCAUGCAAGUGUUUACGAAACUCUUGAGUUACCACGAUAUGACAGUUCGCCACAAAAGUGCUCAGGCUAUACUCAGAUUAGCUGUGAACAAUCGUGGGAAACAGCAAGCGAUUGAAAAAGAGACUAUACCAAAGCUGGUUAAUCUACUCCUAGAUGAAGACUCUGAAGUAAGAGCUUCAGCCGCUGGAGCCCUCGCAUUCAUUAGUGUCAUCACACCCGGCCGAUAUGCAACUCUCAACGCCAACGCCAUUCCUAAUCUCCUGCGUUGUCUUUUGAGUCCCAACAGCCGAGUUCGAGUAAAUUCUCUUAAGGCCCUGGCGUGUAUAGCCGAAGCUCCUGAAGGGCGACGUGUCUUGCAAACUGCGCUUCAACAGAUUGAGUGUAUGAUGGAUGACGAGAAUGCAGGCGUUAGGAAGCAUGCCAAAAUCACCGCGGAUGUUAUUAAAUGGAAGCCUUGGGACCUUGGGCCUCGGUGUCAAAAAGUUCCCACAGAACCGAAACCGUGCAACUGUAAGAACAUCUAUUAUUGA